AUGGACGCCGCGGACCCCGAUCUCGCGUCCGCGCGCGAGUUCCAGGUCGCCCUCGACGCCGUGCGCGUCUCCGGCGCGAGCGCGCGGGAGGGCGCGACGGGCGAACGAACGCCGACGCACGCGUCGAGCUUCGAUGCGUUUCGAGAUUUUGUCGCGACGCGAGGCGACCUGACGCGCGCGCUCGCCGUGGGCGCGCGCGCGAGGGUGUACGAGGUGGACGUGGACUCGAGGACGGGGGUCGUGCGAGCGUCCGAUCGACGAUUCAACGCGCUGGCGUCGCAUCGAUCGAUCGGGGCGUCGAACGUGUCGCUGGCGCUGUACCUGGACAGCGCGAUGCACUUUGGGUUUCUGAUGUUGAUCCUGUGCGCGGUGUCGAUGUACUCGAUGGUGAAGAAUGUGAGCGAUGAAAAGUUCACGUCGAGCUACGAGAUCAGGGGUUGGAAUGGGACGGUUACGUGCGAGCGGAGUUACGACACGAGCGGACUGGUGCUGAGCCUGAGUCAGGGGUCGCGGUGCGCGAUCGGGGCGCAGGAGAGCUAUUAUAACUGCCCGAUGGCGUGUAGUUACGCGGAUACGAGCGGGACGUUCGAUCCCACCAACGCGUGCUCGACGCACUAUCCGUGCACGCUGAAGAAUUUGCUGACAGACGCGCAGGACGCUUUGUGCUGCGAACCGCAGUUGUUGAACAACAACGCGGGUGCGCCGGAGGAGUUUCAGGCCAUCUCGAUCGUGGUCACGAUUGUGUUUUUGUUGUUCGAUUUCGUGUACUCGAGAAAUCGUCGAACGGUGUCGGACAUCGUGAUAGAGAGCACGGUGACGACGGGCGAUUACUCGGUCAUCGUCUCUGGGCUAGGAAAACGAAACGAAUGGACGCGAGAACAGCUCGCAAAGUGGUUCGCGCACUACGGGGAAGUUGUCUCGGUAUGUCAUCUCACGAACACCGCAGGUAUCGUCGCCUUGGAGAAGAAAAUUCAAAAAUUAGUAAAGAUAAAAAACGAAAUAGACGCUACGCUGAGCACUCACGAGUUGGCGGACGAGGAGGUUGAUGCGCCCACCAGAGCGCGACGAUUUUUGUUUCGCAUGAUCGUGCUGAGAGGUAUGAAACCGACGCUUGAGAAUUCAGAGAAACUUCGGACAGAGAUUGAAAAGCUUCAGCAGAAGCUCAUCUCCUUGCCCGAGUACGGCAACUUCAACACGGGCACCGCGAUAGUGACCUUCAACUACGAGCAGCACGCGCUGAAUUGUAUCGCCGAUCAUUGCAGUGACGCCAGCGAGCUAAUGCUGGCCAAGGCCACGCGAAAGUUUCCACCCGACUUCUACGGUCGCCGACUCAUCGUCGCUCGCGCACCGGAGCCGAGCGACAUCAACUGGCAGAAUCUACGCAGUCGGAACCAUGCGUGGGAGAACGCAGUAAUCUGGAUUUCCACAAAGCUGAUCCUCGCCGUGGCGAUCGCCGCUGGCGGUGGCUUGCAGUAUCUGUUUGAAUACUUGCGAAGCAAACAAUUCGAUAAACUGAGCGACGAACUCACGAUUUCCUCAUCGUACUCUACGUCCACUUACAUAAAACUUCAACUCAUGGCGUCGGCGACGUCGUUGGUUGUCGUGUCGAUCAACUUUGCGCUCGAUACACUCACGGUCAGGCUGUCCGAUUGGGAGGUGUAUAACACACAAACGUCGAAAACAAACUGGCUCAUGGCGCAGCUUACGAUCGUUAACUUGGUCAACUAUGUCAUCAUUCCGAUCGUCUCCAACAGAUGCUCCAACACGGCAGAUGGCGUUUGCAACUGGUACGUUCCCGGUGGCUUCAUCGAAGUAGCGUUUUACAUGCAAGUGUUCAACGUCAUCGCGAUGCCGUUCCGAAUAUUCACUCCGAAUAGCGUCAUCCGUCGAGAUGUACUCGCGCCGUUAGCGAAAACUCUGCAAGUGCAAGUGGAUCUCGUCAAUCCGCCGGAUUUUGGAAUGGCGAGGUCGUACGCAGAGCUUUUGAAGACUGUUGGUUUCGCUGCAAUUUACGCUCCCGCUCUUCCGGCGAGCUACAUCGUCGGGUUCGUCGGAGUAUUCGUACUUUACUGGUGCAAAAAGUUUCAAGGUCUAUACAUCGCGCGAGCUCCUCCAAAGCUUCGCGCAGAUGCGUUUGGAAUAACCGCGACGGCGAGGAUAAUCAACCUGCUGCAGAUCAUCAUCGGCUGCACCGUGUUUUACCGUUUCGACGCGGGAAUCGACAACACGCUGUGGGCUAAUCUCGGCAUUUGGGCUGUCGGUAUCAUUCCUAUUCGCACCAUAAUGAAGUUAUUUUUUGUGGCUCAGGCUACGAGGGCGGCCUCCACGAACAACGUGUCGUUUGAGAAAAACUUGGGUAUGCACAUCGGCGGUGAGGUGCGAUCACCAAAGGCUGAUGAUGCUCUGCGAUCGUCUGCCACGAUCCCUCGCGAACGCGGAGACGUGGCCACGGCCGAAACACGAGCACAGCAAGUCCGUAACGCGUUUGUGUGUCGAAUGUACAGAUGUGAACCGGAGGAUUUGGAAGAGAGGGUCAAACUGUUGAUGUACUACCCUGACGUGCCGACGCACGCCACUCCGGAACAGCUCGAGGGGUUGUUGAAGAAGUAUGAGCCGUUACAAAAAAUUGAGCGUGCGAACACGGCGUAUCUCGAACGACAGACGGCGGCAACUGGCGGCGAACACGCGCGACCGCCUGAUAAUAAGCACGCGAAGGCAAAGCUAGACAUCCUGGCAUCGUUCCAGCGAAGACAACGCGCUUCGCAAGCUGACGAAGAGGACAAAAUACAAUAG